GAGAAUUUUAUAGAUAAAAUGACGGCGCCGGCGGUGCGUCAAGAAGGUCGUACAGUGGCACCAAAAACCGGUGCAACUACCCUCGACGUAACUCUUACUUGCUGCAAAUCCCCCCAAAAGCAACAUCCUUUUUUGAUUUCAAUUUAUCAAUCCAUCAAUGGCCACAUACAAGCUUGUUGCGAUUUUUCGAAACCCUACCAAUAACCACGAAUUCCUUCUCGUUAAGCAAACUCCGCCUCCCAAAUACGACGAUCAAGAGUACGACUCCUAUGCUGACUCUCAUCUCUGGGACUUGCCGUCGGCCAAAUUGGUCUCACUAUCACCGGAAGUAGAUUCCUCGAAUCAAAUUGUACUGCAAGGCGAAGAAGUAUGUCUACCGAAACUCAAUUUGAGGAAAUUUGAUCUUCAUUCAGCUCUCGGGGAGGUUUUGGGACAAGUGGGUUUUGGAACCGUUAGUGUGGCAGAAUGGAAGUUUUUGAAGCUUGUGGAGGAACCUAAUUUUGGACCAGGAUUUCCUAUUGAGACUGUGUAUAUUACUGGGGACCUUGUUCCUAGUGUUGGGACUUUAAAAGACAAUUGUCAGUGGAGUUGCAGCGAAAGCUGCUUUAAUUUGCUUCUUCAAGUAAAUCCAGGUGGUGAUCGUCUUGGGCCUUUAGUCGUUGAUGGUCUACUUAAAGGCUCGACUAAAUCCGAAUCAUUGAGAUUGCCUCCAACCUUGUCUUGCCAGGAGUACCCGCCUGGUGUAAACAUCAUACCUAUGGGAAGCAGAACACAAAAACCUUAUCAUACAACAAAUAUGAUUGUAUUUGCACCCAGGAACAAUCAUGUCGAAUACGGAAGUAAUCCUUUUGUUGCUCAGGGAGAUGCAAUGAUAGUAGAUCCAGGAUGCCGAUCUGAGUUCAAUGAAGAGCUUGCAGAAAUUGUUGCUGCUUUACCGCGAAAGUUAAUUGUCUUUGUCACUCAUCAUCAUCGUGAUCAUGUUGAUGGUCUUUCCACUGUACAGAAGAGCAAUCCUGAUGCUUGCCUUCUGGUCCAUGAAAAUACAAUGGCUCGCAUAAGAAAAGGAGAUUGGUCUCUUGGUUAUACCAAAGUUUCUGGAACGGAAGAGAUCUGCAUUGGUGGGGAGAGAUUGAGGAUCAUUUUUGCUCCAGGGCAUACAGAUGGACAUCUAGCAUUGCUGCAUGUUAGCACUAAUUCCUUGAUUGUUGGAGAUCAUUGUGUGGGACAAGGAAGUGCUAUCUUGGAUAUCAAUGCUGGUGGUAAUAUGAGUGAUUACUUCCAAACAACUUACAAAUUUAUGGACCUUUCACCGAAUGUUUUGAUCUCCAUGCAUGGGAGGGUUAAUCUGUGGCCCAAACACAUGCUUUGUGGGUAUCUCAAGAACCGCAGAAAUAGAGAACAUACUAUCUUGAAAGCCAUAGAAGCAGGUUCCAAUACUUUGUUCGACAUCGUUGCAUAUACAUAUGCUGAUGUUGACCGCAGUCUUUGGGUUCUUGCUGCAUCUAAUGUGAGGCUCCAUGUUGACCAUCUUGCCCAUCAGAAGAAGUUGCCGAAGGAUUUCUCUUUAGAAAACUUCAGCAGGAGUUGUUCUCAAUUUACUGUCGAAGGGGGUAAAUUAUAAACCAAUGCAAUGACAGCUGCUCACUCACUUCCCCCUCUUACCUUAGAAAUUCUGUGUACGGAAGUUCCAGUUGACUUGCACGGUGCAUUUCUUCUCUCGAUGGAUGUGGGCAUACUUCAAAGGUUCCAUUGGACAAACCCAUUUCAAUUUUCAAACUGCUAUGCUGCUUGGUGCUGUAACAGCAUCUGGUGUGGCUAUCUUAUAUUCAGUCGGAAACACUCUCAGAUCUAGAUAAAGCUGGAAAAAUAAACGUUAACGAUAAAUAUGAACUUAGUCUUCUUAAUGAAUGAGAGCGGUUGAUAUCU